AACAAAUUUCAGUUUACCACUUAAUUUUCGGUCGACAACAGCCGGCAUAUCUGUACUGCCCGGUGACCGGUUUUCCCCCGUCCGGUGAAGUGCGUCACGCCACCAUAAACCCCGUGCAGAGUGCUUUUCCAGCACUACAUGUGCGUUCGUGUGUAUGAGGUGUAUUUAAUAGAUUGUAACACGACGUUUGCAGGACUCGUGCAAUAAAAGGAUACCGGUGCUUAGUGGAGUAGUGUACAGAGCUACAUAACCAGUGACUUACCGUACAGUUGCGUGAAAGAUGAUGCGUCAACUGCUUUCAAUUCUCUGUCUGAUGGCAAUAUGCCAUGCAGAAAUACCAGUCUUUGAGAUUGGUUCAUUCCCCGCGGAUACCGACACAAAGGUAGCGCCGAGUCAAAAGCGAACCCAAUUUGAAGGAUAUGUUGUGGAAGAGCCCUCGGAACAGCUAAAGGAACCGUCCAACCAAUGUGUAGGUGGACCGGACAAGUGUGGCUACGUCUACACUAAACCCAAGUGCCCAUGGCAAGAUGGUCAGGCACAAACCACCACCGAAACGAAGACCGCAUUUCAUACGGAGACGAUCGUGCAGACGAAAACGGCUACGGUAACUGAAACCGUUCCAACCACCGUUACGACGACGUUCACAAGUGCAACUCCGUUCUGUGGAGCAACCAACACCUACCUGCCACCGGAUACGACUACUACCUUACCGCCGGACACUAAGACGGUCGUUGUAACGCCGCCACCUGUAACAACUACCAAGACACUACCACCGACAACGACCACCAUCACGUCACGCGGUCCUCCAUUCACGACGGAGCGUACCAUUACUCCGACUACCACGAUCGUCAUCAGUAAAACACCUUUUGUGACGUCAACGCGUACCGUAACGCCUACCUCGACUAGCAUUAUCACUGCCAGCAGUGUUUCGAUUACGCGCACGAUCACACCGACUUCGACGUACAUCUCGUACAUGCCCUCGACAACGAUCACGCGUACCGUAACGCCAACGUCCACUAAUCUUUACUACGCCGACUCGGUCACCGUCAACCGUACGGUGACACCGACGUCAACUAAUGUCUUCUAUCUACCGUCGACGACGGUCAAUCGCACCGUAACGCCUACCUCCACGAAUUUGUUCUACGCCGACUCGGUCACUAUUAAUCGCACCGUAACGCCUACCAGUACCAAUGUGUUCUAUCUGCCAUCGACUACGGUCAACCGUACCGUAACGCCUACCUCCACCAAUGUGUUCUACGCUGCCUCGGUAACGGUGAACCGUACCAUAACGCCUACCUCUACUAGACUCUCCUAUCUCGACUCGGUCACUGUAGAUAGGACCGUGGUGCCGACAUCAACCAUUGUCUUUACGCUGAACACAACCCGUACCCAGACUCGCACGGUAACGCCAACUUACGUCGUACAGCAAACGGCGGAUACCACUACCGUUACUAGAACUCUUACGCCCUCGUUCGUCGUGACCGAAAGUGUACCAACGGUAACGCUUACUCGAACGUUCACUCCAUCCAGCGUUAUUACAACGACGGCAUCCACAACGAACGUGAUCACGCGCACGGUAACGCCACAGGCAACGAGCACCACUACCGUAACGGCUCCUGUUCGUACGAUCACAGAAAAAGCAUCCACUACCGUCACGGUAACACCUCAACUUUCGGUAACGCCCACUAUCUACUCAACCGUUACACUGCCACCGGUUAUUAAGACUGUAUGUGAACCGGCCCGAACCUAUCUACCCGAUCCAGGCGUUACGACCAUCACCCGUAUCCAGACGGAAACGAAAACGGAAGUAUCUACGACCACCGUAAUCGCUUGCACACCAACCAAUGCGUACCUGCCGGUAAAGGAAACCGUAGCCGCCAAUGAGUUGUCACCUGCCUUUGCCCGUGUGCCGGAUCUGCACCGUGAAGUACUGCCACCGCAGGAUGACGAACGUCAAAAUUUGAUCUGGAACGCUUAAUGCUCAAGCACGAGUAAAACGUAACAAGCAAUCAGAAUAGGAAGGAGAAGAUGAAACAAAAAAAAACAAAACAAAUACUCAUACCUUCGUUGCUAAGUGUGGAGCUGUAGGGUGGGCUCGUAUCCACUCAAACAGUCCAGUGAUUAGUUGUAGUAAGACCGUCGCCUAGGACACGUAAUACAAUGUACAUAAAUACUCUCGGAGCGGACAAAACUAGAUCGUUGGAGUUGUUGCAUCCUUAUUUUUACCGUCCCCAAACUUCACUUAACUUGUUUCUCUGUUUGCUGUCGAAUGUUGGAAAGCCCAGCAAACACCAGGACCGUUCAAUGGCUGCCCGCUUGUGCCUUCUGUUUCAACACAGCAGCAAAAACCAAUAACAGCAACCUGGUUGUGAUUCACUUUAAUUUUUGUGUGUAAGUGUGAGUGUGUGUGCGUGUGGUGUUCAUAAUGAUUUCACAAAUAAAGUCUUUGAUAUUUCAAAGGAAAGUUAGGCGUGUGAAUUUAUGGUUGCAAGAAAGCAGGGAGUUCAAUCAAUUGAGAAGAAAUUCUUGUUUGACGUAUGUAUAUCAGCACAAAAGAGGUUUAACCUUUUCACCAUGGGCUUAGUUAAAUCAAAGCAGCUGGGUGUAAGACGAAUAAGAGAUUCUCUCGCUUUCCUCUUAGCUUAACGACCUUUAAAAUCAUGCCGGCCAUUUCUGGCUUAUUAGAUUUAUGUUUAACACAUCGGAUCGGAUAGUCAGCAAUUGCUAUGGGGGGACGGCCCGGAUGAGAUUUCAUACCCGGUCCUAUCAUGUGGAACCAACACUGGGCUGCCCGAAUAAGAGAUUAUAAUGUAAAUGUAAAGAAAUGUGAAUGACAAGGAAAUAGUGAAAUAGUUAGAAUUAUGAAUUCGAAUAUAUCCUAUCACAAUGAUUUAUUUAGUAUUAUUAAUAAACAGCCGAUUAUGAAAAGGAUCUAGAAGAUACGAAAUAUAUGGGUACAGUGCAAUACCAACCAACAAUAAGAACUUUUAUAGAGAAGUUAACAUUAGCCUGAAAAUUGACGAAUUGCCAAGGAAUGCAAAGUUUUUUUUUUUUUUUUUUUUUUUUUUUUUUUUUUUUUUUUUUUUGUU